AAGUAAUUUUUCUAAUGUUAGCGGUAAGUGGUUAGACAAAUGACAAACGGAUAUCAACAACAACAGCAGACCAGAGCAGACGAACAAGUGUCUUUUAAGGGUCUAGUGCUUCAAGAAAAUGGAAACAAGGCUUUGUGCAGAUGUUUUGUCAGGACUGAAACGACUGGGUAAUUCGACUCUGGUAAACGAGGACUUGUUUUCGAAGUUACUAGUCUGUGGUGUCAAUACCAUAACCCAAUCAAAUUCACAGUCGCUGAACUUUUUAAGUUUAGCAACAGGUUCGUCGAAGGGAGAUGUCAUGAAAGAGGCUCAUUUUUCUCUCCUAGCAUUACUGGUUGAGGCUGCUCGCAUGGAUGUUUCCUCAGAUUCAUUGCAGUCAUUCCUAGAAUCAAAAGUAAACUGGCCUGCCAACCGCUGCAAAAAGCUCACCACUGCAUUUAACGAAGCUUUACCUCAUAUUCAAGUUUCGCUUGCAAAUGUGGGAUUUCAUCCUCCUCAUGUGGUGGAUGUGAAAUGGAGCCUUCUCCACAACAUUAAGUCCAGCAGUAGUGAACAUGCAGCCAACACAAUUGUUGCAGUGAAUUUCAAAACCGAAGGCAUGACAAACAGUUCAGAAGAUGAUGUACAGUUUAUGUGCACUUUGCCUGAGCUUCAAGAUUUAGUCUCAAAAUUAAAAGAGGCAUUACGACAGAUGGAGCGUGUUGCUCAAAUGAGUCAUCCGUAAUGACUUGUGAAGACAGUCAACAAAACCAAUCAAUAACAAGUGAACUAAAAUUUUCUUUUUUGAAAAUAAAUCAACUUGCAGCCAUGAUACUCCAA